GAGCUAAACCUCAGUAGUAUUCGCACUACAAAGAAGACUCCAAGCUGAGAAUGUCUCUUAUAAUACUGUUGAUGCAACUAGCCGUUGCUUUGGCCUGGAAGAACCUUUUGGUUCAUAGUGAAACCCUCCUCGCAUACACCAGAGAUGACUUCCCUUCAGACUUCGUCUUCGGCGCAGGAACCUCUGCUUUCCAGUAUGAGGGGGCGCUGGCGGAGGAUGGACGGACUCCGAGCAUCUGGGAUUAUUCAAUAUAUGAAGGGCAGAAUACUGAAGUCGCUACGCCAGAUAUUGCUUCUGAUGGUUAUCACAAAUACAAGGAGGAUAUUGAGCUCAUGAGUUUUACAGGCCUGGAAGGAUACAGAUUCUCCAUCUCUUGGUCCAGACUACUCUCUAGUGGGAGAGGAGCAGUUAAUCAAAAAGGUUUGGAAUAUUACAACAAUGUUAUCAAUGAGCUCGUUAAACAUGGAAUUCAGCCGCAUGUAUCACUCCAUCAUUUGGAUCUUCCUCAAGUUCUUCAAGAUGAGUACGGAGGUUGGCUAAGCCCAAGAAUAAUUGACGAUUUCAAAGGAUUUGCUAACGUUUGCUUCAGAGAAUUUGGUGAUCGAGUCUUCCAUUGGACCACCAUGGCUGAGCCCAACAUCAAUGCUAUUGCCUCCUUUGACAAUGGUGAAUUUCCUCCUCAUCGAUGCUCAUAUCCCUUUGGGUACAAUUGCAGGGAAGGCAAUUCUGCCGUUGAGCCAUAUGCAGCUGCCCACAAUAUGUUAUUGGCUCAUGCCGCAGUUGUCAAGUUAUACCGAACAAGAUAUCAACCUAUACAAAAAGGAAAGAUUGGCAUCAACUUGUACGCAACGUGGUUCUCUCCAUUGACAAACUCCAUAAAAGAUUCGAUGGCAUCCAAAAGAGCAAUGGAUUUCACAAUAGGAUGGUUUAUGAGCCCGCUGAUCUUUGGGGAUUACCCUGAGAUCAUGAGGAAAAAUGCAGGCUCAAGGCUCCCAACUUUCAGUGAAAUUGAAUCUCAAGAAGUGAGGAGUGCUUUUGACUUCAUUGGUAUCAAUUAUUACUUCGCAUCAUUUGUGGUUGAUAACUCGGAUCAUCCCAAGACAGGUUUCCGGGAUGCUAAUGCUGACAUGUUUGUCAAAUUCACAGGUUCAAAGGAUGAGCCACCAAUAGAUCAGUUUAUUCCACCAGGUUACAUACCGAAUAAGCCUACAGGUCUGCUGAAAAUGCUCAAAUAUCUCAAAGAUUCCUAUGGAAAUCCCCCCAUCUACAUUCAAGAGAAUGGUUGUGGCCUGGGUGUCAAAGACGUGCUCAAUGACACUGAUAGGAUAUCCUUUCUAAGUGGUUAUAUUGGAAGCACACUUGAGGCUAUCAGGAAUGGAUCAGAUGUGAGGGGCUACUCUGUCUGGUCAUUUCUUGAUAUUUUUGAGCUACUGGAUGGCUACAAAAGCAGUUUUGGGCUCUAUCAUGUAAACUUUAAGGACAAUGAGCGUCAGAGAGUGCCAAAGCUCUCUGCUUAUUGGUAUUCAAACUUUCUCAAACAUGGUAGUGUGAUCAAGAUAGAGAAGACACAAGGAGAUCAGGAAGAAUAUCAUGCCAUGCAAUAAUCUGGUCUCGUAUGUCCAAUUUAACAUUUCUGAAAUAAAUCACUCAUGAAAGUAAUGGAUUUCUUUAAGAUUGUUGCUAAGGUUAAGUAGAGAAAUGUCAAGAAAAUGUGUCAUAACAUCAUUGUAAAAGAAGAAUGUGGUGAGAGAUCAUACAUUGGAAAGUGUUUCCUUUUCCACAGUAGAAUUCAUUAACUUAAAAUCUACAGAAAUUUUUCAGAACAGUUUGCAAAUAGAUGGUACAUUUCAGU